CCUAAACCCAUAACCGCUAAACCCAUAACUUCCUCGGCCCUUCACCUUGCUAAACCCUCAAGUUUUUCAAGAACUAAAGGCAACCGCCAAUCAUGUCGAAGAAGCCGCAUAUCUGAUUUAGUGAAUCUGACUCCGGUUGUUGUAUCUGCUCCUGCUUCUUCUCGGUCAUGAAGAGAGAUGAGAGGCUUUUCAACUUUAUCAUCCAAGGCCUUUAAAACUCGUUCUAAUCAGCCAAAACCCUUUUCACAACAAAACCAUUCAAAUCCUACAUCAAAUACUCGGAAAAUUCAAUCGCAAAAGUUGAGAGGUAAGUCACCAUCCAAUCUUCAUUUCAACAAUUCCACCUUAAAUUAUCAUCCUCGACACGAAUUUUGCAAUAAAUUGAUUGAUCACAAAACACUUUCUCAAAUUUUGUUGAGAAAAGACUGGCAUUUGUUGCUUAACCACGAGUUAAAGGCUGGGAGGGUGAAUUUGACCCCUCAAUCUGUAGUUAGCAUUUUGCAAAAUCAAGAAAAUCCAUUAUAUUUGAUAAGGUUUUACAUCUGGGUUUUGAAUAUUACUCCAUUAUUUGAGAAGAAUCAGCAAAUUCGGGGUGUUUUGGCUAAUAAUUUACAUAGAAAAGGUCCAGUUUUGUUGUCUGCUGAAUUGGUUAUGGAUAUUAGAAAUUCUGGGUAUAAAAUUACUGAGGACUUUGUAUGCAUUUUGAUUGAUAGUUGGGGUAGAUUAGGCUUAGCAAAGUAUUGUGUUGAUAUUUUUGGACAAAUUUCAUUUUUGGGUCUUAAUCCUACAACUAGGUUGUAUAAUGCUGUGCUCGACGCUUUGAUCAAGUCGAAUUUGCUGGACUUGGCGUAUUUGAAGUUCCAGCAAAUGCCUGCUGAUGGCUGUAAACCUGAUAGGUUUACCUAUAAUAUCCUUAUUCAUGGGGUUUGCAAGGCUGGAGUGAUUGAUGAGGCCCUCCGUUUGGUAAAACAGAUGACAAAUAUGGGUUAUGUGCCAAAUGUGUUUACAUAUACAAUACUAAUCGAUGGAUAUUGUAGGGCCAAUAGAGUGGAUGAUGCCUUAAGAGUUUUGGAGACAAUGAGGGUUAGGAAAGUGGCUCCUAGUGAUGCAACAUAUAGGUCAUUGGUUCAUGGGGUGUUUCGUUGUCUAGGGCCGAAAAAGGCGUUUGACUUGUUAUCUGGAUUUGUCGAGAGAACACCAGUUUUACCGAAAGUAGCUUGUGAUACUAUACUUUACUGCCUGUCUAAUGAGUCUAUGGCCGAAGAGGCUGUUUCAUCUUUGAGAAAAUUUAGAGGGAGAGGCUAUCUGCCUGAUACUUCUGUUUUUAAUGCAGCUAUAACUUGUAUAAUUAAGAAACUGAAUGUUCAUGAGACUUGUGAAAUAGUGAAUACUUUUUCAGAACUAGGUUUAACUUUAUCAUUUUAUUCUUAUCUUGCCCUUAUUGGGACUCUGUUGCAAGAAGGAAAUCAUAGAGAAGGAAGCCAGUAUUUGCUACAGAUAUUUCAAGCUGGGUUGGUAUCGAACGUGAACUCAUACAAUAUGGUUAUUGAUUGCUUAUUGAAAGCUCGAAUGACCGAAGAGGCUCUAGAUAUGUUUCUAGGAAUGCAAGAAAAAGGCGUUAGACCUAACCUUAUUACUUUUAAUACUUUACUUGAUGGGUGUUUCAAAGCCGGAAAACUAAACCGGGCUUGCGAAUUAUUGGGGAUGCUCCUGCAACAUGGCUUGAAACCUGAUAUUUACUCUUUUUGUUCAAUGAUUGAUGGUCUUUGCCGGGCAAACAAGAUUGAGGAUGCGUUUGAUUGUUUUGCAGAAAUGAAGGAGUGGGGUGUUAAUCCUAAUAAUGUCACUUACAACAUUUUGAUUCGUGCUUUGUGCAAGGUUGGGGAUACAUCUAGGUCUAUGUCACUAUUUAGAAAUAUGCAAGCUGAAGGAAGUAGCCCAGAUUCAUAUUCAUUCAAUGCUUUGAUUCAAAGCUUUUGCAAAAUGAAUAAGACUGAGAAGGCAAAGGAUCUGUUUGUUUCCAUGCUUUCAUUACAGCUGACUCCUGAUAACAUCACAUGUGAUGCCCUUAUUAAGUCAUUGUGUGACACUGGUAAAUCUCACGAUGUGAUGGACAUUUUCUUGUCAAUGGAAGUUAAUGGGCGUGUUCUGAAUUCACAUACGUGUAAUUUAUUUAUUGAUUCCCUCGUAAAGUUUGGCCUGUUUAAAGAAGCCCUGCAUAUUGUGAGUAAGUGCAAAGUGUUGGGUAUAGAAGUCAAGUCUGUCUCAGUUUUGUAAGUCUCGACUUCAAUCAUCAAGCUCCAUUGUGGUGUUCAAGCUGUUCCACAGGAAGGUCCAUUUUGGCCACAAAGCUUAUGCUGUGUAUUGAGGCGUGUACCUUUUUUCAAACUAUUAAUUUGCUGCAACAAGAACACCUUCUGCAUAUGACCAACACAAGGUUGCUACUGGGAACAGCAUAGAGGAACAACAUACUGAUCCUGGAUCAACUAGAGUUAAUAAAGCUGAUAUACAAAGAGCUGAGGAACAGUUACUCAAUACUAUGAAUAUACAUGGUCCAGCCUCGAGAAAAGCUUACAUAAUCCUGUACCUAAAAGAAGAAGGAUAGAGAACAACUGAAUGUUCCCAAACUCUUAGCACGCUCCAUUUUUAGACGUCUAAUAUGACUGUUAGAAGUUAGGCGCCCUUUUUCUUGAUUGUAAACCGUUAGAGGAUGAAAGUCAAUUCUAUAAAUAAGGCUCUCCUUCACAUUGUAAAGAUCAUAUUAUUCAGUUUUAAUUCAUCUACGAUUCUAGUAAUCAU